UCGCCGGGCUCUCCCUGCCCCGCUCCCCGGGCUGGCGCCUCCUGCCCCACUUGUGAAUCGAGGCCGCCUGCGCCAGGGGCUGACGGGCCUGGGCGGCCGUGCUAGGCGCUGGAACACGCUGCACUGCGCCGGGGAGCUCCUCGGGCCCCUCGGGCUGCCACGCCUGGCUCUGUGCCAGCGUGCCAGGCCAGCCCCUGCUCUCUGCGGCCUGGCAGGGUCCGAGACCGACCCAUCACACAUCUCUGGAAGCGUUCAAGGCUAGGUUGGACAGGACUUGGAGCAAGCUGGUCUAGUGGAAGGUGUCCUGCCUGCGGGAGUGAAACUGGAUGAGCUUUAAGAGCUUCCUGAGAGCUGGGCUGAUAUGCAGGAGCCACUGCUUGAGGGCAUGUGCUUCACCCUCAAGUAUCUGGGCAUGACGCUGGUAGAAAAACCAAAAGGAGAAGACAUGGCUGCUGCUGCCAUCCGCAGGAUCGUGGCCACGGCACGGGUUGGAGCUCGCAAGUUUCAGAAGGUGAUUCUGACAGUGUCUCCAAGGGGCAUCUCACUGCAGGAUGCAGACACUAAGGAGAUGGUGGAGAACAUCUCCAUCUACAGGAUCUCCUACUGCACAACAGACAAGCUGCAGAACAAAGUCUUUGCUUAUGUCGCCCAGAGCCAGGAGAGCGGGGCACUGGAGUGCCAUGCCUUCCUCUCACCCAAGAAGAAGAUUGCCCAGGCUGUGACUCUGACUGUGGCCCAGGCCUUUCAGAUGGCACUGGAUCUCUGGGAAGCAGCACAUGCAGGCUCUAGGCAGGAUCAGCCCCUUCACCCUUCAUGUGUCUUGGAGAGCAGUGAGGCCGGCAGAGCCCGUGAGCCGGCCCCCCCAGGGAGAGCUCCCUUCACACACCACUUUGGGGAGGAGGAAGAGGAGGAGGAAGAUGAUAAUGUCAGUGAAACCUUGUCUGGGAGGCCAUGCUUGGGGUAUGAUGGAUGCUGUGUUCUCUUCCAAAGCAGCAUGGAGGAGCUGGGGAAGGGACUCCACAGCCCAGCAGGAUUAAUACCUCUUGUGCCCCCAUCAAGCUCUCCUCGGGCACAGCUGCUGUGCUGCCGCCUGGGGCCACCCCCGCACAGCUGGACGGGGCUGGGAGGGGCUGGAGGCUCCCCCAGCACCGGCACCAGGACUGCUGGCCCGAGUGCUCCCCUGGGCUAAGCCAAACCUCUGCAACAACGGACCAGCCACUCAGGAUUCACCCUGUGCCUGCACCUGGGCCAGCCAGUGCCUGCCACCGCCCUGGCACCGCCCUGCUGGCACGGGGGCUGCUGGCACUGCUGCCAUGGAGUGCA